CGACUAGAGAUCGCUUUUUGGCAGGUUGUCAUUUUGACGUUUUGUUGUCCGAGCCGUUCUUAGCCUUGAUGUGGCAUGAAACCAAGCGCUCUUUUACAAUAAUAUGCAAAAAAAUCUACUCAAAAUUCUAGGAAUCAGCGUAAUAAUCCUCACAAUUUCAGAAGCAUCUAAAGUUAAGGACCAACCAAAAGAUCUCAUCGUAGCUAAACGCUCUCUCCUCGAAAGAGAACGUGAGUUUUUCAAGACACGUCCUAUGAGUGAAGAUCUCCGUUCUUUCAUCCAAAGAUACAAACGCAAAAACCUCGACAAGAGACAAACGGAGAAACGAAGCAAACGGUCGCAAGGAAUCGCCGAGAACCAAUUGUACAUCGUCCAGAACGGCCAAUUGGUGCCUUUCAAAAACAUGAAAGGGUUCAAACGAAGCGAGGAGAAGAAACCGGAACCGGAAGGGUUCACAGUGGUACCGUUGGUGAUCCCCAUCAACUUGAAAAAUCCCGCGGUGAAAUUUGUCAAAGCGAGGAUGUUGAGUGAGGAGAAUGGACAGCCGAAGGAGCAGGGGGGCGGUGGGGGCGGCUCUCCGGAGGUGAGUACUGUUACAUCUGCUAAAGAGGGGGAAAAACCCCAAGGGGGCGAAGAGCCCGUCACCGGUGAAGAGGACAAUACUAAUAAUACGAAAGAGGAAAACGCAGUGCUGCAUAAAAUUUUACAAGAUGUGGAGGGGCUAAUGCAGUGGAAAAGUGAAGGGAAUAAGAAGGAAGGAGUAAUUUGCAACAUCAACGGUUCUUGGAUAAGUGACGCCGCCGGUAUGCGUUUUGACAUUUGCUAUCAGAAUUCUACACGUAAAAAAUUUCGCAUCCAUCUUGCUGAUCGCAUCCCACCGAACGAAGAUGGCUUCCUCUGUGAUGGAAAUUGGACCGUUUUCGGGGAAAUCCCCUUCAUGCAUUCGGGCAUGGUGAUUGCUCUAGCGGUGCAUGAGAAAGACCGACAUCUUGCUACUUUUAUAGGGGAGUGUCGAAUUUGCGAAGGUAGUGAAACCGUGACGGGCACGUGGCUGGUGGCUCGAAGUUCGCGCGAUUGUAAAGACCAAAAAUCGGCACAUAAGGUUUUAAGCGACGUUUGGAAACGGGAGCAAGCUCAUACUUUAAGGAAGAAACAUUUGCAAAAAAUCGGAAUUACGGUGGAUGGAGAAGAUUAAAUCGCUCAAUCUUUCGUUUUUUUGUGUGGGAGAAAUGAAAGAAAAAAUCAAUAAUAAAGAAUUUAUUGAAACAAGCUUAGCUGACAGUGUGUUUACAAAACUUAAAUUGUUACAAGA